UGGGCGUGGUUUCAUCUCUCCCUAUUUCACCUAGUCCCAGCCAAAGCAAUAAUAGAUAAGAGGAACGCGCCGUUCAGAUACAGGACUCAGGUGUGUGAAACAGUGAGAGAGUAAAGCAAAGAUUGUGCAAAUCUACUCCAAUGAUAUAGACAAAACUGUCGUCGAGACGCGAUGACGUUGGGAGCUGGUGCACGCAGUGCGCUUUAAACAGAAGAAGAAGAAGAAACACAAGAACUUUCAGUGAACUUAUUACCAGCAGUAACUGUCUCCUUUCACUGGAAGAAUGAGCACCUCCCCUAUCGGAUCUCGUGCCUCCAUCGACAUCUUGGAGGAACUGCAGCUUAUUGCGGCCCAGAACCUGGAAAAGCUGGACAUUAAUAAGUAUUAUGAGGUUAUUAGGGAGCUGGGCAAGGGCACUUAUGGCAAAGUGGAUCUGGUUGUCCACAAGAUCAGAGGCAUUAAGAUGGCUCUGAAGUUCUUGAGGAAGAAAACCACUAAGCUGAAGAGCUUUCUGAGGGAGUAUAGCAUCUCACUCUACCUUUCUCCGUGUCCUUACAUCAUCAGCAUGUACGGCAUCGCUUUUGAGACAGAAGAGUAUUACAUCUUUGCUCAAGAGUAUGCAUUAGCUGGGGACCUCUUUGACAUCAUUCCCCCUCAGGUGGGGCUGCCGGAGAGUGUUGCGAAGCGAUGUGUACACCAGGUGGCCUUGGCACUAGACUACCUUCACUCUAAGAAGCUGGUGCAUCGUGACAUCAAGCCUGAGAAUGUGCUUAUCUUCGACCGGGAGUGCCGUAAGGUCAAGCUGUCAGAUUUCGGCAUGACUCGUCGGGCCGGUUCACCAGUAAAGCGCGUGAGUGGUACCAUCCCUUACACGGCACCUGAGCUGUGUGAGCCUGGCCGCAAUGAUGGUUUCUUUGUGGACUACAGCACCGAUGUGUGGGCCUUUGGAGUGCUUUUAUUCUGCAUGCUUACAGGCAACUUUCCAUGGGAGAAGGCGCUACCAUGCGACGCCUUUUACGAGGAGUUUGCACGCUGGCAGCAGCAGCCAAGGAGACGGGCGUGUGUGGUACCAUCACAGUGGCGCCGCUUUACCAGCGAGGCACUGCGGAUGUUCCGGCACCUCCUGGCCAUCGAGAAGGAGCAACGCUGCUCCGUCAAUGAGGUCCUCACCUUCUUCUGCCACUGCUGGAUGCUAGACACAGAAAACGGAAACACUGCUACCUCACCCAGUGGCACAGUGUUCAAUGGGCACCUGGCUGAGCUUAGCUCUUCAUCCUCGGAGGAAGAUGAUCUGGUGGAGCGUCUGAAGCAGCAGAGCCUGUCACCUGUGUGUGCUGUGUCCAAAGCAGGCAUCAUCAUUGAGCCAGUGGCACAGCCCUACUCCACCGUAUCUACCAUCAACUCUCCUUCCUCUAAUAACAGCUACGAGCGCAUCUCCCGUGACUCCAACGGUAAUGGAGGCCGCAUCCUUGUGACCACGCCCAUUGAGAUCUGUGUGUAGCAAGGCUCUAGAAGGUAAAAAGACUAUACACAUACUCGAAACACUGGGAACCAGUCGUCAAUCGUGUGGACUCAAGUCCUUAAGCAAGGAGGAAACGCUCCGUAUCUCAUGCUGAGUGAAGAACACGGUGAAAACGUUGAAUGGCGGCAGACUUGUUGAUUGUUCCUUAUGAUGAGCGUCUCUGAGGGAAUACAAGAAAUCGAAAACAGUCAAGUCACACUGAUUGUGUAUCUCAGAAUUUCAACCAAGUUAAUUCACAUGUAAUCAGUCCACUUUUAGCAACAGUGCACACAUGGGGGGAAAAAAAUAGGGCAAAAUUUCCUGUACCAUCAUACAGCAAUAUGUUAAAAUAAAAAUCAUCAUGACAAUUGUCAAAGUUGUACUUACUGAGACUAACUACAAAAACACAUAAUGUGAAAAUGUUCAUAAUGUGAUUUUUGGAAGUGGUACUUAUUUGUGCUUGUCCAUUUGGUUAGUGGGUUACUUCAAUAAAAAAUGUAGGGUUUUUUUGCGCUGUUCAUUUUGGUCUUGAUAUUUUGCUAUUUAUUUUAUACUGUAGCAGUAUAGACUUAAUCAUUCCCAGUUGCCAUUAUGGUGUGUUGCAUUGUUAAAAAAAGUCCAUCUAAACCAAAAUGUUAACAGAAGUUCCCUAAGAUGUACUCUUAAUCUGAACUGUACAUGCAUGCCAUUUUCUGUGGUGUUUCCUAGUAUGGUGCAUUUUUGAGAGCUUCAAUGGGUCUUCUCAUAGUGAGCAAGGCCUAGAUUGCUCGGAUGAUGUCACCAAUGUGAUCACAGUGCAUACAAAUGCCUCUCACAAUUCUGAACACAGAGAAUGUUUGAUUUGUGCUUAAAUGGAAAAGAAUAAAAAGUAAUUUUGCACAAAGUAAGCCAGUGAUUCUGAUGCAGCAAUACAGAAUCAUCUGUCUAUACUUUGAGAGAGAACACUUUUGUAGGUGUUAUUUGACUAUUUUACAAGUGCACAUGGAAGCAUUUUUCUGACUUAAACGUCUGACUGACGUGUUUUAAGAAUUCCUCAGGUAUAUAUGGCUACACUGAGUAAUAUCUCACAAUAGCCGAGUUUAAGUCAUUAAAGGAAGUACGGUGUGAGUCAGUGCCACUGGAAUGUGUGACUGAGAAACUGACUUAAAUAACAGACUCUGAAUCUUAUUACAAAAUCUGGAACUUAAUUUGAUUUAUCACUUGAUGUGUGUGAAUCAUUUGUGGCCUAUUUAUGAAAAUAUUUAGAUGUUACAUUUGAUGCUUUCUUUCAGCUCUCACUCAAAUUUCAAAGGAAGUUAAAUUUUUUUAAACAAUAAAUUGUCUAAACCAAAAAUUUCUUCAUAUGGGGUUCUCAUUAAGAUCUAACCCCACACAUCUGCUAUGUCAUGAAUUUGACACAGAUUUUAUGGCAUAGUUUUUAUUAUUUUGUCCAUGUAUUUGCGUGGGAUUUUCUUUUGUUUUGUUUUUACAAUACCAAUUUUGAUAAGUGCAUGGUAGCAGAAGUGUUUUAAAGAAAUUGAUCAGAAAUUGGAGAAAGUAAUAUCUGAAGUGACAUUUUUGAAAAGGGUGUUUUCUGAAAUUGCAUGGAUAUGAAACCUAUGUAAACGGGUCUUUUUAUCUGUGCUACCUUUUAGAUUUGUGAAAUUAAAUGUGUUGUGAUAUGUUACAGUAGCACAGAUUUUCUUAAAUUGAUAUCUUAAUGGAAUUUAAAAGGAAAGAAAAAUACAUGUAGGGCUUCAUUUAUUGUCUCUGUUCCUACAUGUGGUCUAAUGGGGAGAUUUAGAACAUUGGUGCAGUCUGUCAGACAACCUUCUCUUGGAUACUUUGAACUUUUGUUGGAAAUCCAUAAACACUUGUCAACAAUUGGUGAUAGAAAAGCAUUUUUUUAACCAAAAAAAGAAAAGAAAGAAACAAACAAUGACCAGACAUUGUCAUUCACAAACACACUUUUUUUUUAAUUGACUUGUCUGUUGAUAUUUGCAUGCGUUGGUAUUGUUCUGGAGAGAUUAUGUUGAAAUAAAUACAUAUCCUUGAUGCAGAAGGCUGAAGAA